UUCCCAUAACUGGACUCGUCAACCGGAGUUCAAGAUGGCGGUCAGCGAGCAGCUAAUAUCGCAACUAAUCGAUCAUUAAUAUAACAUCUAAGUCAUCAUAUUAUAGUAAGCUGUGCGCGUUAUGUCAGUAUUUUAAAACAGCUUCUUAUACCGCCCUAAAGCAGCGGGUAUCCGACACUAGCGUCUGGACAGAGACUGUGUGUGUUGUUUUUUUAGCUUACGUCAAAUAGAAAUAGUUGCUGAUCAGCUUUAUGAAACUGUUUGGAAUGAUUGUAAAGUUUUCAUUAGUUUGGAGGUCAUCAUGUCGUUAAGAGAGUUGAAAGUAUGCCUUCUUGGGGAUACAGGGGUUGGUAAGUCAAGUAUCGUUUGGAGGUUUGUGGAGGAUAGUUUUGAUCCCAACAUUAAUCCCACAAUUGGAGCAUCAUUUAUGACUAAGACCGUGCAGUACCAAAAUGAGCUUCACAAAUUCCUCAUCUGGGACACAGCAGGACAAGAAAGGUUUCGUGCCCUGGCUCCCAUGUACUACAGAGGCUCUGCUGCGGCUAUCAUUGUGUAUGACAUCACUAAAGAGGAAUCAUUCCAGACGUUGAAGAACUGGGUGAAGGAGCUUCGCCAGCACGGACCACCCAACAUAGUGGUGGCUAUCGCUGGCAACAAAUGCGAUCUCUCCGAUGCCAGAGAGGUGUCAGAGAAAGACGCCAAGGACUACGCUGACUCCAUUCAUGCCAUAUUUGUAGAAACCAGUGCCAAAAAUGCCAUUAACAUCAAUGAGAUCUUCAUUCAGAUAAGUCAAAGGAUCCCAGUUAUAGACGCGGAUGGCGGGUCUGCAGUCAAAGGCUUCAAACUUCGUCGCCAACCGUCAGAGUCGACCAGGGAACGCACUUGCUGUUGACGCAGCCGUAAACAAUUUGGCCAGAUCCUCUCCAGCCUUUGUUUUAUUUUCGAUUAGUAACCAAGGAUAAUAGCAGAUGAAGAAUGUGAUGUCAAAGGGGAAGUUGCGUAACUUCCUUUCGGAGCCAAAAAAGAAGUUCAGUUAUAAAUGAAAUGAGAUAUAUAGUCUGAAUCCUGAUGCAUUUCCUUGAGAAAAGAUGAAAAUGCCCUCAUACAGUCGUUGUACCUUAUCUUGCCAGCUCUUCAGCCCCCUUUCAAAUGUCUUUGGGGAUCCAUUUCUGUUCUAGAUCGCUGCUCAAAAUCAGACAGCAACAAAAACACCUGCUUAACAGAUCAGAUACUGUCCUGUCUUGCUCUCUUUCUCUCUCGUUCAUUCUCAUCUGUGUGCAACAACCUCUGCAAAACUUAUACAGUUUCCGAGUGAAACUGUUGCCUGUCCGUCUGUACAUUUUAAGAUUUGCAGCACUCCAAAUGCAAGCAACGCAGCAUUCUUGUCGCACUAUUUUUGCACAUUUUUGAUGUAUAUGAUAAAAAAAAAUGUGAAUCUCAUGAAAGCUGUCAUGUUCAGGUCAAAUCAAGAGGAAAAACUGAAAUUAUAUUUUCCAUAAAGUGAAGGUAAAGUCCAUUCUUGGGACUAAUAAUGUUUUUUUUUUUGACGUUGUGUAACAUUAUAUAAUUAAUUUGUAAAACAGUAACUAAUAGUGAUAAAUACAGUUUGAAUGUGUGCUUAAUUGUCCUAAAAGUGAUGUAACAAAAUGCUCUUAAAAAUAGACCUCAUUAUCUCUCUUUUUAUUGUAAUGAGGGAAAAAUGAAAUUGACGUGUUUUCGUGAGAUUUGCUUAAACACAAAUUUACUAUUAUAAAUAUCAAUAUAUGUUUGUGUUUCUGUUACACAGGACCAGACAUAAGGUUGUGAGCUAUAUUUUGUAUAUGAAAAAUAACUAAAAUCAGCGGUAUACUAAAAAUGAGGAUAACUCUGGGAUUUAGCAAGAGAUGUCUGAGUCUUGGCCAGCAGCCCUACUUUGAGAUGAGUUUAUGAAUUUAUAUAUGAAGAAUGUGCCAAAUCUUUUUUAGUGAUAUCGUAGGAGCCAGAUCAUGUAGUAGCAGAUCAAUAGGUCAGUGAUGCUGAUGGCAGCAUGUGUCAGUUCAGUUCCUGCUUAUUUAAUCAGUUUGCAAGUCAAGAUAUAGUAGUAACACAUUCUUUGCUCUAAUUAGCCACGUUCUGGGUUGCCAGAUUCUUAGCCACACAUCCAGCCUGUUAUUGGAUUCAGAAACCGUUUGAAUGGACACUUGUUUGCUGGUAAACGUCAGUCUGUACUGCUUGCAGUGCAUUAUUGUGGCAUUAGAGAAGUUCAUCCCUUACGCUUUGAGAUAAAGUUGGCCCCGUUUUAUAGAAUGCUGACAGGAAUGGGAGAUUCAAAGUGUUAGAUUUGAUCAUUUUUCCAACGGUUCACAUGUUUUUCAUAUCAAAAAUUUGAUGUUAGUGGGGAGGAGCCAUUUCUGGAAUUCUGUACAUGAGGUUGUGCGAUUUAGGCUUUUGUCCAAGGCUUUGUGAAGUGUGCAUUAUGUCCGAAUACUUUCUAAAAUUGCAUUUUAACCAUUUGUGUUAGUUGGCAGUUGGUCGCUUCAGAUCCCUUGCUGUUCCAUUUUAUGACUUUUUUUUUUUUUUUUUUUUACUGGAUUGAGUGAUUUUGUGAUGUUUUGCCAAAUUCCCUAAUUGUCUCAUAAACAUUUUUCAUCUUUCUCAUUCUUUCACUGAAUAACUUUUGGCCUGCACAUCCAACAUGCUUUUACUAUCUGGACAGGGAUUUAAAAAAAAAAAAAAAAAAGGAGAAUAUCUGGAAGCUAGUCUUGCAUCAGAAAGAACAACAAGGAAAAAAAAAUGGCUAAAGAAAGUACUUGUUCUAUACCAAAUAUUCUGUAGAAAUACACUUAAUUUGGGGGGGAAAAGAAUGGCAGAAAACACUUGAGAAACUUGCAUUUAAAAAAUUUGGAUUAACGUAAACACUAUUUGUUCAAGGCCAUUAAGAUAAUAUGGUGUGAGUGGCUCUGUUUGCUGUACAUCAUGUAGAAUUUAUUCAAACAAAAUACAUUUAUAUUUUACCGUAUGUGAAUAUAGAAUAAAUACAUUAAAUACAUACAGUAGUGAACAUUUGAAGUGGAUCAAAAAAGUUCAUCAAAGUUGUCCUAAGAUUAGAAUGCAUUUUGGUUUUAUAUUUUAGGACAAUUUUUAUCCACUACAAAUGUUGAUUAGUGUAUGCUUAACUGCAUAUACCCACAAUGGUUUUAAGGAUAAAAUGUGCUUAAAAUAUGUUUCAUCCACAUGCACAUCAGUAUAACACAUGCACCAUCUCUGUUGUUUUUAGAAAUGAAUAUGUGGCUUCUGUAGUUUGUCUUAUGAUGGUACUUCAAAAAUUGGUCACCGAUAUUAUUGCACAUGCUUUCGACACAUUAUAUUGGCAUAUGGGAGCGUUUAGCGAAUAAGAAUGAAUAUUAUGGGCAUCGUCAAAGUUUCUUUUGCCGUCCUUUAUCCUGUGAUUUUAUAUGCAGUGAUGCGAAUGCACCGUAAUGUUUUCAGGAAUUCACAAGUGCAAUAAUAAUAAUACUUUUCCCUUCCAAAAUGUGCGCUGUCAGUAAUAAUAGCUGAGAGAUUUAUAGACUUAUUACAGUAAUUGUAGUUAAUCCACAAAUUUUAGCACAACAAUAUUUUCCUUUUAGAAGACAGUGCUUGUUAAAUGGAAAAAAAGGGAUUACUUGGAACAAUACUUGGAGGAUAAAAUUGCACUUUUUCAGAAUUGCUGUGCGUCUUUUGCCCUAUUUGAAAGAAACAUGGAAAAAUGACAGUCCUAAGCAGUUUCUGCUGAGAAAAAAACAUUCAAAUUGAUUCUUCCAGUGUCUGUAAUGUACCUUACUGCGAAGUAAAAUCAUCUUUCACUCAAACCAGAAUCUUAAACUCUUUUAUUUUCUUUCGACGUGUCAAACUAUUUGGAGAAGGAAACAGUUCAACUAAUGUCAUAGCGUUAUUAAAGUCACUGAAGGGCCUUUACAACGAGUGGAAAUGCAUUACUAGCUCUAAAUGUUGUAGAAUAGCUGUUUUUUGUCUUGUACAAAGCCUGUGAUCCACAGCGAGACCAAACAUCUCAUUUAGUCCGGUUGAAGUUCUUGACUUCUUAGCCAAUUCGAAAGGAUUUGCUGAAUUGCUUGUCCUCUUGCUAGGGAGCACAGGCUAUGCAUUAAUGUCUUUUGAGGGGAACUACAAACUACACUUGAUAUGCCGUCUGGUGUGGUUUGCAGUGGUGUUUCGUUUGGACCACAAUGCCAACAGUCUUGGGCUGGCCCUAAGAAAGUUGUGAAAUUCUGCUUAUGUGCUUUACGUCCUUGUGUAUACCACACAUAGUUGAAUUGUGUAAAUUGAUUGAUAUGUAGUCUUUCAGGCAAUGUCAUACUUACCAUUGUAAUUCAGUAUAUGCAAAAGUAAUUUAACCCAAUCAUUAAGUGUUCUUGCUAUUUAGCUUUUUCCCUUUUAUUAUUUUGUCAUACAGCGAAGGCUUGGAAAUAACAUUUUAUUUGUUCAUUUGUGAAUGUGCAAAAGGGAGAUGUUAAGCUUUUUAUUAGUAAUAAAAUUAUACUAAAUCUG